UCCUCCAUUAAAUUCAAUCAAUGAAAGAAAGAUGCGAGACUCGUAGAUUGUUGGAAUUGAAGCCAUCGCACAAUAAGAAGAACGUGUCUGGAUUAUGGUCGUUACCAGAUGAGGUGAUUGUGAACUGCCUUGCUCAGGUAUCGAGAUUGGACCUCGCGGCUUUAGCUAUCGUCUCCAAGGAACUCAGGUCUCUCGUAGUUUCCCCUGAGCUCUGGGACGUGAGAUAUCAGACGGGUUGCAUCGAGCCAUCUCUCUACGUACUCUUGCACAUCUUUCCAGAGCCAGUCCCACGCUGGUUCGUCCUCCACCCCAUCCAACGUCUGCUGAAACCGAUUCAUACACCGUACUCGUAUCAGGCUCCGAAUUCAUCAUCCGCUUUCGUGGUGGUUAUUUGGGGGAUCUUCAUCAUCGGUGGACUCAAAAACGGCAAUCCCACUUCGGAUGCUUCCUUUUUUGAUUGUACCCUCUUCCAGCCAUGAAGAUGGCUCGUGCUUCCGCAUCGGCAAACCUGAUAGACGGGAAGGUAUAUGUGUUUGGAGGCUGUGAGGAUGACACUGAUUCCUCAAACUGGGCAGAGGUAUACGAUCUCAAGACCCAAACUUGGGAUUUCUUGUUUGUGAUUAUGCCCACGUUUCCCCUCAAUAUCCAACAAAGUGUGCUAUUGAUACAAGAUGAUGAUGACAAGGAGGUUUACGCGGUGGAUGAGGACGGUCAAAACUUGUCCUUCUCGCCAAGUAAAUGUAGAUUUGUAAGAAGCGGGAAAACACAUUUUAACCCGGGACACAUGAAAGAUUGGUGUGGCAUUGGGGAAUUCUUAUUCUGUCGUGGUACCUGCGGGAGAAUACUGUGGUGUUUGCCAAAUGAGUUUGAUUGGAAGGAAGUGAAGGGUUUGAAAGCGCUGCAACACUCUAACCAGUGGGGAUUUGAUAUCAACAGACUUUGCAGCAACUAUGCUAACAAUAUUGUCAUCUUGUGGAACGCGCAGUCUGAAGGUCUUGAGAGUUUGGAGCUUUGGUGUGCCGAGAUUUCCCUGGUGGCACGUGAGGGACCCGAGGGAUGCGAGAUUUGGGGGGAGUUCGAGUGGUUCGGUUCCAUCUUCAAACUUGAUCCUUUCUCUGACUCGUAUAGCGUUAAGGUCUUAUUUGCUGAUUUUAUCCUUGCUUAAACGACUACUUACAUAGCCAGAUUUAAGUUGUUUUAGCUGCGUUGUAUAUAUAUUAUGUGGUUUAUACAAUUUGCAAAUUGGCUUAUACUGUCCA